AGUUUUGAUGUCGUAUCAUGUGAUUAGCUUUCACCGACUGCAGCCUGGAGCAAUGCCCGAAUAAUUUGACAGCACACUUUUGGAGAUUGUUUUUUGAGACGAUUUAAAAACUCGGACGCGAUGCAAAACGUGAUUAACACGGUGAAAGGCACCGCUCUCGGCGUGGCGGAGCUGUUCACGCCCGUGCUGAAGGAAUCCAAAUUUAAAGAGACUGGAGUCAUUACACCUGAAGAGUUCAUUGCAGCUGGAGAUCACUUGGUGCAUCAUUGUCCCACUUGGAAAUGGGCAUCUGGAGAAGAAAGCAAAGUAAAGCCUUACCUUCCUCCUGAUAAACAAUUCCUCCUGACGCGCAAUGUUCCCUGUUAUAAGCGCUGUAAACAAAUGGAGUACUCAGAUGAACUAGAGGCCAUCAUAGAAGAAGAUGAUGGUGAUGGGGGUUGGGUGGACACUUACCACAAUGCUAGUACAUUAGGAGUCACUGAUGCUGUGCGGGAAAUUUCUCUGGACAAUAGUAAAGACAAAAACAUGAACGCCACGUCGCCAGCCUGUUGUGACAACGAUGAUGAAGAUGACGAUGAAGAGGGAGAAGCAGCAGAUAUGGAAGAAUACGAAGAAAGUGGCUUAUUGGAAACAGAUGAGGCGACUUUGGACACAAGUAAAAUGGUGGAAACGAAGCCCAAAGCAGAACCAGGCAGUGAAGACGCCAUCCUCCAAACCCGCACUUAUGACCUGUACAUCACAUACGACAAGUACUACCAGACCCCUCGACUCUGGCUCUUCGGCUAUGACGAGGACCGACAGCCACUCACAGUGGAGCAGAUGUAUGAGGACAUCAGCCAGGACCAUGUGAAGAAGACUGUAACCAUAGAGAACCACCCCCACCUCCCCCCACCCGCCAUGUGCUCUGUCCACCCCUGCAGACACGCAGAAGUGAUGAAAAAGAUCAUCGAGACAGUGGCAGAAGGAGGAGGAGAGCUCGGGGUCCAUAUGUACCUUUUAAUUUUCCUAAAGUUUGUGCAGGCUGUCAUUCCAACAAUAGAAUACGACUACACAAGGCACUUCACCAUGUAGCUCUUCAACUCCGUUUCUAUCUGACAACAUACAUGAAACAUCUCACCAUUCUUUACAAAGGUCCGCCUCUGUGUGCAAAUAGCAUAAUAAUAUAGUCCGCUACUGUACAAACUCAUAACUGAAUGUUAACAGCUAAAACUCUAUUACAUUUACAGUAUCAAAGGUUUAUUUCUAAAAGUGAGCUUCAAAAUGUGGUGGGCUUCGUGAACUUAACUCACCCAUUUACAUAGCUUUACUGUUUAAAAUUAUAUUUGGAAAUCUAUUAAAUAUAAGUACUACUAUGGCAACACCUAGUUAGAUUCUUGAAAAACUGCAUAUUUAUUUUUUCAGAAUAUAAGCCAUUUGAUCUAUUUAUCAAAUAAUUAUGUCGUUUUCAUAUUCAAAGUAGGGUUGUAAAUGUAGAAAAACUCAAAAUGGGAAAUAGGAACACGGAUCUCAAACUGAUUUAUCUGACAUAAAAAUUUAAAGAAAACAAACAAAUUCAAAGAGAUAAAAGUUCAAAUUCUGUAGAUUGGAUUUUCUGCUUGAAAAAAUUGCCCAUAAAAUUCUAAAUUAUUUGAGCAACCUACACACUGGUUUUUAUGCAUUAAUUAAAGCUAUUACAAUUAUAGUUGAUCUCUACACUAAACAAAACAGAAAUGAACCUAAAGCUGACGAUAUUUACAACAUUUUAACACAUUAUAACUCCCACCGAUCCAAACACAGUUGCUGUAUUUUGCUUUAGAACAGUUAGUCCGCCUCCGUACCGGUCACUCUAGGUCUGUUAACAGUGCAGUGUAGUGGGCUCUCCUGCAUCAUUCUUGGACCACCGUGUUGUCUUAACCUCUCUGAAUGUGCUACAGUCAGGGGGACUUUUUCGUUAUGUGGAUUUAAUUUGCAGCUUGUGUCAGAAAUGGAUAUCUUAACGUUUUCUUCUGGUUUUAUUGUCAAACAUCUGGGUGUAGCUACUAUCUAAAUAAAUGAUUAAGGUAUGUGAA